GUCAAGUCUGGGUCCGUGCCGGUUUGUUUUAUCGUUCGUUCCUGCUGUGGUACGUACGUACAUUACCUUUUCUACUGGGCAGCGGUCUGCCCACUGGGUAUGUGUGUGGCUGGUGAGAAGAAAAAGGGAAAUCCGCUGGGCUGAGCUGUAGCUGCUAGUACAAUGUGGUUAGUCAAGUUUAAUCAUUGUGGAAGUCAUUUCCGGAUUGUUUGCUUUGCUUGUUUGUUAGUUGGUUACUUGGUUGAUUGUGGAUGUGACUGUGAAUUUAGGGUUGGUAAUUCGUUUGGGAGGUAUUUAUCAUUAUUGUUUGUGAGUACUACGGAGUACACUUUUGGAGGGUGAGUGGCAUACUGUGUAUACUGUGUAAGUAAGUGGUGAGAUUUGCAUUACAGCCAAGUAGAUAGGCCGAUCGAUGGUGGUGGUGGAUUCCCGACACGGGCUGACAACAGUACGUAGAAUAAUAGUUAAAG